GCGCAAAAAGUUUCUCUCGACGCUGACUGUAGCAACGGAUUUUCCAGUCCCUUGAAAACCGGCUGCUCCCUGCCGCCAUGGCUAAUUCCUCAGGAACCGGUGGAUCCAGUUUGAUCCAUCCCUCGUCUUGGUUCCUUCUUAGCGACCUGGCAGGUCUUCCCUGUCCGCCGUUCCUGCUCUACGUGGGCUGGAGUCAGGUCUGUGUCCGACUUUCCAAGACAAAUAUUGUGUUUUCUGGAGACGUCCAGGGAGGGCUUCUGGGGUCCGGGAAGAUGCGUGCCAUAACUUUUCCAUGCCUGACCCUCCUGAUUGCUUUGGGAAACCCCAGAAGAAACACUUUGUCUUUGUUUUAAAGGAAGCUGGAAGACGGUCUGCCAUCUUCCGACUGAUAUCACCAAGUCGUUCUCCCCAGGAGGCCACUUGAGUCACUGCAUUACUGCUCUGGAAAUGGAGGCACCCAAUGGCUACUCUGCUAGUAAUGGCCAGUGCUCUCCGAGUAAGGAGAAGUCAAGAAUGUCUACACAGAACUGCCAAAAUGAUCCAUAUGUUCGGAAUUCGCCCAGUGAUGUGUCUGAAAAGCAGAUCAAGCAAGAAGAAGACACAAACGAGGAGGGUGUUAACAGGAGCCCAGCGCAAGAGGACCAAACAGGAGAAGAAAGGACAUCUGUUGGGGAAUCCAUCGGUGGGAGCCCAAACAAUGCAGCGGACAGUAUGUCUGGACAAAGUAUGACCUCGGAGGCACUCAAUCGACAACCAAACGGUGACCGGCCUUUCCAGUGCAACCAGUGUGGCGUCUCCUUCACUCAGAAGGGGAACCUGCUGCGACACAUCAAGUUGCACACGGGCGAAAAACCGUUCAAAUGUCCCUUUUGUAAUUACGCCUGCCGCCGCCGUGACGCUCUUACGGGUCAUCUUCGCACUCAUGCUGUUGGCAAACCACACAAGUGUAACUAUUGUGGGCGGAGCUACAAACAGCGCAGCUCAUUGGAGGAGCAUAAGGAACGCUGCCAUGGUUACCUGCAGAGCAUCGGCUUGGAGCCGGCCACCAACACCAGUUCUUACACAGGUGACGCUCCUAAAGAUCCGAGACCCAUAACAACGUUUGAUCGGCCUCUUGUUAUUGAAAGACUACACAGUAAUGUUGGGAAGAGGAAGAGCACCACACCCCAGAAAUUUGUGGGUGAAAAAAUGGCGCGCUACAGCUACCCUGAAAUGGGCUAUGAGAUGGGCCUCAAGUUUGAGAAGCAGGCUGAGCUGAUGUCAGCCCACAUGAUGGACCAAGCUAUGAGUAAUGCCAUCACUUACCUGGGGUCGGACACACUUCGGCCAAUUAUCCAACACCCAGGCCACCCUCUGUCCAUGACCGAGGUCAUGCCUAUGGUCAACCCGCUCUACCAUCACGUUCUGCCAGUUGGUAAUCGAGCUGAGCAUACAGGAAACACUGACUCAGUGCCACCCCAGCCUCCUUUACCAUCCGAGUUCCCCAGCCACGCCAUCUCCAACGGGCCCGCUGCCCGACCGGUGAGACUGACCCAAUCGCGGCAAGAGGAAUCGCCAAGUAACAGUGGAGGAGACUCGCCCGACUCGGCUCGAAGCAGCACCCACGAACGGCAUGCCAAUCUUGCUGGCAAUCUCCCGCCAAUCCAAAGGUCUCGCUCAAGUCCCGUGGCUUUUUCAAGCGAUCAUGCGACAGAGGUGUCGCCCAGAAGCGGGUCGGGAAUCGGGAGCGGGGUAUUGCGGGAAUCUACAGAGAGGCUGGCGAGUCAGGAAGCGAUGCGGGUGUUUGGACGAGACGGCCGGGAGUUGCGAGCCUUCCACUGUGACCAUUGCCAAGUGCUCUUCUUGGACCAUGUCAUGUACACCAUACACAUGGGUUGCCAUGGAUACAGGGAUCCACUGGAGUGUAACAUCUGUGGUCACAACAGCAAAGACCGCUAUGAGUUCUCCUCACAUAUCGUUCGUGGUAAGCACACAUUCCAGUAAGAAGAUUGUUAGAUUCAGUAUCAUAAAAGUUUGUCUAAGUCUAAAAACAUUACCAAGCUUUAAAUGGCUGAAGGAAGCGCCUUUUCAGCUACGUAACAGCUGACCAAUCAUAUGAAGGCUUGAUGGCAGCAUGUGCUGAUUCAAUUCUUGCCUUCAAACCAUUUUAAAAACAAAACUCUCAAGGAGUCGAUGACCAGAACUACUUUCUGCAGUGAUUAUGAUGUCUAAGUAUGAUCAGAAUAAAGUACAAAUAUAAAUAGGUGGCAUGUUGACAAUCAUCAUAAAAUAUUGUGGGGAAAAAAGUUGUACCGUUUUACAUGAAUUAAGUCAUAUUUUUAUGUGCAUAAUGCACAAAUGUGAACAAAUGUCGGCCCCUAAUAACUUUUGCCUCUUUUGUUGAGGUUCACUGAUGAUCUCGCCAUGUGGCAUGUUUACUGACAGAGGGUCUCAGACUGUUUAAAUUACAUACCUGUGGGCAUUUUCACCUUUAUUCUUUCCAUCCAUCCAUCUUCUUCCGCUUAUCCGCAGUCAGGUUGCGGGGGCCGUAGCCUAAGCAGAGAAGCCCAGACUUUCCUUUCCCCAGCUACUUCGUCCAGCUCUUCCCGGGGCGUUCCCAGGCCAGCUGGGAAAAAUACAUUGAGGCAAAAAAAGUAUUUAGUCAGUCACCAAUUGCACCAGAUGAGGCCUGUAGUUUUUAUCAUAAGUACACCUCAACUAUGAAAGACAAAAUGAGAAAAAAAAUCCAUAAAAUCACAUUGUCUGAUUUUUAAAUAAUUUAUUUGCAAAUGAUGGUGGAAAAUAAGUAUUUGGUCAAUGAGAAAAUUUAAUCUCAAUACUUUGUUAUAUACCCUUUGUUGGCAAUGACAUUUUCUGUAAGUCUUCACAAAGUUUUCACACACUGUUGCUGGUAUUUUGGCUCAUUCCUCCAUGUAGAUCUCCUCUAGAGCAGUGAUGUUUUAGGACUUUUGGACUUUCAACUCUGUCCAAAGAUUUUCUAUGGGUUUGAGAUCUGGAGACUGGCUAGGCCACUUCAGGACCAUGAAAUGCUUCUUACGAAGCCACUCCUUGGUUGCCCGGGCGGUGUGUUUGGGAUCAUUGUCAUGCAUCUUCAAUGCCCUUGCUGAUUGAAGGAGGUGUUCACUCAAAAUAUCACGAUACAUGGUCCAUUCAUUCUUACACAGUAGGUUUGGUGUUCUUUGAAUGCAACUCAGCAUUCCUUCUCCUCUAAAUACAAGAUGAGUUUUUACCAAAAAGUUAUAUUUUGGUUUCAUCUGCCCAUAUGGCAUUCUCCCAAUACUCUUCUGGAUCAUUCAAAUGCUCUCUAGCAAACUUCAGAGAGGCAUAGACAUGUACUAUCUUAAGCAGGGAGACACGUCUGACACUGCAGGAUUUGAGUACCUGGCAGAAUCGUGUGUUACUGAUGGUAGUCUUUGUUCCUUGGGUCCCAGCUCUCUGCAGUGUGAUUCCAGGAGUUUUGCUUCCCGUUCUUGUGAUCAUUUUGACCCCAUGGGGUGAGAUCUUCAGAUCGAAGGAGAUUAUCAGUGGUCUUGUAUGUCUUCCAUUUUCUAAUUAUUGCUCCCACAGUUGAUUUUUUCACACCAAGCUGCUUACCUAUUGCAGAUUCAGUCUUCCCAGCCUGGUGAAGGUCCACAAUUUUGUUUUUGGUGUCCUUUCACAGCUCUUUGGUCUUGGCCUUAGUGGCGUUUGGAGUGUGACUGUUUGAGAUUGUGGACAGGUGUCUUUUAUACUGAUAACAAGGCCAAAAAGGUGCCAUUAAUACAGGUAACAAGUGGAGGACGGAGGAGUCUCUUAUAGAAGAAGUCACCGCUCUGUAAAAGCCAGAAAUCUUGCGUGUUUGUAGGUGACCAAGUACUUAUUUUACUGAGGAUUUUAAUUAAUAAAAAAAUCCUACAAUGUGAUUUCCUGGAUUAUUUUUUCACAUUCUGUCUCUCACAGUGGAAGUGUACCUAUGAUGAAAAUUACAGGUCUCUCUCAUCUUUUUAAUUGGGAGAACUUGCACAAUUGGUGGCUGACUAAAUACUUUUUUGCCCCACUGUUGCUCCAAAGUGUCCUGGGUCUUUCCCUUGGGAUCCAACCGGCCGGAGGCGCUCUAACACCUCCCUCUGGCAUUUUCUCAUUCAUUUCCCCAAAAAAUUUCCUGAUAAAUGACGGUCAAAAAACCUUCUUUGCUGUGAUUCUAGUUUGUUUGGACGGAUCUGCCUGCCUCAUUGUAUCCAUCCGCGUCUGCAAAAAUAUAAUCUCUCGUGCCAUGUCGUCGCUAUUUAGCUCUGCUUCGUUACAGUCUGACGUACACAUUGAAGUUACACAUUUAUUUGUUGGUUCAUUAUACAAUUACAAAUAAAUCAUAGGAAUGGAAUUCUUACUCCCGAUUCAAUUCAAUUAUGAUUCUUGGAGUAAAGAUUUGAUUCAGAAUCAAUUAUCGAUUUACACAAUUCUCAAUUCAAACGGACUCUCACAAUUUAUUAUUAGGUUUACAGUAUGAAGGGAAUUCAAAUGGCCCCAUUUGUCACGGUUUACCUGACGGAUGAAGCGUGAUGAAUUAAUGGGGUGCAUGGAACACUCCAGCCGUCAGAGAGCAGUGGAGUGUUAAAUGUAUUAAAAUGUGUUUUGGGGCAAUUCCGACUUUGACCACAGCGUACGUUGCUAUGUGGAGUGGCCACAUUUUCAGCAGACUGCAUUGCAAAAUGAUUAACCCUACACUUUUCUUAUAAGAUCCACCCAGGAGUGGGGUCCUUCCCUACUGUACAAAUGAUUAUACAAUCUCUUGGCUGCUGACGUAUAGAUGACAAUCUGAGAAUUGUUUUAUUGUUUUAUUUUUUUAUAAAUGUAUUCUAAAACUAAAUAAUUUUCAUAUUAUGUAAAACUUAACAUAAAUUUAAAAAACACAUAUAUUGUUUUUGUUGCUUUUUUAUCCUCUUGGGUAUACUGUACAUCAUUUAAAUAAUUUAAAAGCUGUAGAGUAGCCCAAGGGUGAAAAUAUCCUGAAGGAGUCAAGAGUGUAUAAAAUGUUUUGGACUCAUUUUAAAAUUAUUUUUAGUACUAAUUUUAUGUUUAUUCAGGCCUGAUUUUCACCCCAGCCCUUCUACAGGUUCUGUAUGGAUGACGACUAAUUUUGUGCACAUUUUUUUAUAUAAACAAUCUGACAUAUUUGGAACAAAUUGGCAUUCAAAAGGUUAAAAACAAGACUUAUUUGCUAUAUUUUUUCAGUAGUGAAGUUAAAAAAGAGAUCUGAGAAAAAAAAGGUAAAAAGAAAUUAUAUAUCCAAUUUUUUUUUUUUUAUUACACUCCUUAUAGACUUGUUUGUCCUGGCGCUACUCAAAUGUGCGACAAUUAUUGCUAUUAUAAGAAAAAAUACUAUAUUUGCAAAUGAAAAAAAACCCAAAGAUAUGGCCCAAAAUAGACCGAAAUGUAGCUAAAACGUUUAGGUUUUUUUAAGUUCCUGAUAUAAUAUCCUUUAAUUAAAAAAUAAACUUCAGUACAUACUGCAUAUCAACAAUGAAGUUGUAUAUUCAAAAUAACAAGUACAUACAGUUCAUGUUACACACGUAAUGCAAUUCAGUACAACACAUAGCAUCAGCCUUUGCCCACCAAGAAAAACAUCCCACUUCAACUUAAAGACAGCAUAAGUUCAGUCCAGAUGGUUAAUAAUUUAUAGGUACAUGUUUUUGGUACGUGGCAUUGUUAUCUGAUUGAGUAAUUACACUUGAUCGAACUAAUAUCCCACACUACUAAAUAAUAUAAAGAAAGUUUGACAACUGCUCGUAUUGUUAUAAAUCACUAUCGGUAUCAACCAGAAGUCAAAGCUCCAAUAUUGGUGUCGUAUUAAAAGUGAAAAAGUUGUGUCUGGACACCCCCGAGUAAGAUACAUUUAUUAACAAGUAGGACAAUUAUUUGUGUGUUAGUCAGUUCUGCUUUUCAAUGCUGUUUAAUUAGUCCAUGUUUAGGGUGUGGGAUUGUGUGUAUUUUAGUCAUCCAGCACUGAAAAUAUGAAGUUUACAUAUUGCAGCCUAUUUCUGUAUUCAAUCACGAUGUGUGUUUACUCGCUACACAUGAUGUCUUAAAUGAUGCUUUAAUUGUAAUAAUAAUUGUGUAUUUUUCUCACAUGUGCGUUUUACGGUGCAGAUUUGUUGACCUCACCAUUGGUCUUGUCGACACCAAAACAGAUAUUUUUUGAAAAAAAACUUAUUUUUUUCAUUUGUUUUAGCCUCUUUCUCACACACGAACAUUUUUAAUUGCGCUGGGCCGCCAUUUUAGUCCGACAUUGUAGUAAAUAAGAUCCUUCUUUUUCUCUAUCGUAUUGUUGUGGGGCAGUAUUGUUGUGGGGCAGACUGGCACGUACAUGCAUAUGCAUCCUCCGCUGUUGCCAUUUCUAUCUGUUUGGACAAAAAAAUAUAUUUAUUUAUAAACAAAAUAAUAAAAUGCGAAAAUCGAUUUUGAUCGAGAAUGGAAUCUGAAUUGUCACUCCAGGAAUCGAAAUUGGAUCAAAUCGUUGAGUGCCCAAAGAUUCACACCCCAAGUUACUACACACCUUUGAAGAUAAUUCACAUGUCAUCUGAUAUUUUGUUAUAUUAAAGAACAGAUGCAUUAUACAGUGGAACUUCUAUCCACAAACUUAUUUGGUUCUUAAACAUGGUUCAACGAACCCAAAAAAAUGUUUGAGUUCCCCAUAAAAAUCAAUGUAAACAUGACUCCACAAAAGUCCCUAUUUUAGUAAAUUAAAGUACACAGUUCAAAGACGUAUAUAUAUAUAUAUAUAUAUAUAUAUAUAUAUAUAUAUAUAUAUAUAUAUAUAUAUAUAUACCAUUAAUUGAUUUACGUGGACCCCGACUUAAACCAGUUAAAAAACUUAUUCGGGUGUUACCAUUUAGUGGUCAAUUGUACUGAAUAAUAUGUACUGUGCAAUCUACUAAUAAAAGUUUCAAUUAAUCAAUCAAAACAUACAUAUAUAUAUAUAUAUUUAUUAUGUACAUACUCUGUUUAUCUGUCUGUCUCUCUCUCUCUCUAUAUAUAUAUAUAUGUAUAUAUAUAUAUAUAUAUAUAUAUAUUAACAAGGGGUUAAUGUCUCAACACCCCAACAAGCCUUAAACUCAAUAUGCUCACAAACACACAAACCUCGUGGGUGCGUUCAAAAAGCAAAAAACAACAAAAGGAAAAUCAUGUUACCUGGCGUCUGGGAAUAUUUGUGGCAUUGUUGAACACUUUGGUAGUUUUGGAGUGGUAAACGAGCAGUGACUUCACGUAGUUGCCGGCAGCGUUAGCACAAACUAGCUGUGUAAGGCGAUCCUUCAUCAGCUUGUUUCCCUGCGGUGCCUUUUCCUUCGCUGUAAUAAAGGUCCACUGUAGCGUCUUUUUCGGUCUCAUCACAAUUAAAGACUUGCUAAGGAAAUUCCCUGAUAAAGUCCUCAAAGUGAAGGUGCCGCAAGCCAUUGGCUAACUAUCUAAAAUGCUAGCUCAGUGGUUGUAAAUCAACCGGAAGCAAUCCAGCAAGACUGUGAGAGUUUGGAUACAUGUAAAGCAUUUCCGAUCACACAAAGUGAGCUCUAAGACACACCUCAGAUCGGCGCGAGGUACGAUAUUUGUGGAAAUAAACUCUUCAGAAGUGCCGCUAGCCUCAAAGCUCUUCAAAAUAGCCGUGUACGGGAUGAAAACAGAACAUUCUUUAAAAUUAACACAUCCACGAUCGCAGGAAGUGAUGUUAUCAAAAUGGCAGCCCGCGUAAAGCUUCAGCGGCAUAGAAAAUGAAUGAAUGAAGCGCCGAGACAUGGUCCACACACAGAGACUUAUUUGGCGCGUUGUAAACAUUGGAAAACCGAAAAGGACGCAAAUAGAGAUUGUUUUUUUAGGCUUCUGAUUUUUCAUUAUUAUGAGAACAGAGUUUUUCGUGUUAAUGGAGAUUUUGUAAAACCAAAUUUUUUUUAAUGCGUUUUUUUAAAAUAUCUAUGGUGGUGUGGACUUGGCCUUAAUGAAUUUAGAAAGCUAAUGGGUUAAGCUUUGUCAGUAUUCCUAUUGCAAACGUGACUGGUUUGAAGGUCCGUCUCGGAAUACUGUCACAAGGACCAAACUGAGGUACGAGUUGCAGCUUCUAGUGGUGGCCAUAUGUCCGUUGUCUUUGGGCCGUUAGAGGACUUUGAAUCUUUCCGAAACUAAGAUGCAACCUGGAAGGACAAGUUUUGUGUUGUUGACCUCGCACUUUAUUUAAGCAUCUGCAACAAGGCGACAUUUGACGGUCAAACUUUGUUGGGAAAACUGAAAGCACAAUUCUGCACGGAAAUGAAGAUUUUACAUAUGUCGGCUAAGAUGAAAGAGUUUUGUCGCGAAUGACUCCUUUAUGUCAUCAGAGGCAAUUUAAUGAACCUCAACUUGUCUUUACAAUUUAUGUGAUUAAAAGGCAGCUUAAUGUAUUUUGUUUUCUUCUUCUUAUUCUCCAGUGUUAAGCAUUCUUUUUAUUUUUACGUGAAAUAUACUGUUCUACAUGUAACAAGGGCACAACUACAGCUUACUUACAGGAGCAAACACAAAGGGAAGUGAAGAACUUGAGACUAUGUUGUUGCCGGGUCUGGGUUAGUUUUUGCCUCAUCCAUCACUUAAACCGUGAGUGAAGAAUGCGCUCCCGGCCUAAUGAAGCCUGAAAAGUCCGAAAAAGAAAGGGAUGAUACAGUAUUAUCCGCUCACAGAUGCUACCUGGUGGUUGUUUGAGCACACUGCAGCUUGUCCUGGAUAGUCCCACCUCUAGUACAUCAGACACACGCAGGAUUCUCACAGGAAUGAGGCAAAAAUACAACCUUCGUGCAAACUCUGUAUAUACUCCAAACGAGACAACAGGGUUCAGGUUUGUGGUAAUUUAUUUUAUUGUUAUUUUUUCUGUGUACAUUUUGGCACAGAAUGGGUGCUCAAAUUCCAAAAGAAUGUUUGAUGUAAGGGCGCUCAGGUAUUUUUCAUGGAUUUAUUGAUCAAACAGAAUGAAGCUUCUCUCCUGUCUUAUAUUUCGUUGAAAACUGUGUUGAGUGGUGAAUUCUUCUUUGCAGAUUUGAACAAAAAACAACAUCAAAUGGCGAAACCCUGCGGUGUAGAAAAUGUCUAUUUUUUAAAGACAGGGUGUAUUUAUAUAUAAAUAUAUUUUACUGUCUUGCCUGUUCAGUAAAAAAAAGAAGUCCGACAUAUUGUUGUAAUAAAAAUAUUUAAACUACCAAA